AUGACAGAUCUGUUAAUGAAAUAUGAAAAACUCAAAGGAGAAGCAGCAAGGAUUGAGAAUGAGUAUUUGAGCAGACGACGAAUUACGAGGCUGUAUAGCAAGGAGCAGCUUAAAAAUCCUUGGGGAGUGGAUUUGUAUCUACUGCUUGAUCUUGACAUGUACAGGACGCAGAAAAUACCCAAGGAUAUUCUUAGCCAUGUGGUGAAAGUAAAGAAGUAUUUCUACCAUCCUGAUUUGCCUGAAGGAAGUAACGAGGCUUUUGUAUUGGUUAAGAUGGCAAAUGAGAUACUCGGGGAUCCAAGGCUACGACUGAUAUAUAACUCGAAUUUUUUCGACGAUGCAAUUCCUGAGGAUAGGAUAUACUAUAGCGAUGAGUUUUUCCAUGUGUUUGGGGAAUGUUUUGAGAGGAAUGGGAAGUUCAGUGUGCGGCAGCCGGUUCCACAGUUAAAACCAAAUGACGAUAUAAAAUCUGUUGAAGAGUUCUAUGAGUUCUGGAGCAACUUUAAGUCCUGGAGAACGUAUGAGAAUCCUGAUGAGUUCUAUAAAAUGAAUUUACAGGACAGAUCACGAUACACAAUGAAUCACCAGGAGCAGAUGAAGCAGUCGAGGAAUAAGGACAUCUUGCGGAUCAAGAAGCUAGUGCAGAUUGCAAAGAAGCGAGACCCAAGAAUAGGUAAAAGCAUAGUUCAACAGGUCAUGGAGAUGAAAGUGAGCGAGUGGAGUGAUCAGGAGAUUGCAACACUAAAGCGAUUGCUGAUGCUAUUUAAUAAGACAUCUAAGAACAAGUGGGAGGUGAUUACGGAGAAGCUGGUGGAAAUAACGGGAACCAAACGCAGUGUUGAUGAGGUGAUGAAGAAGGUACAGGAGAUUGGAAAGAAGUAG